AUGCGGCUACUACAACGAGAUAACGCCAACAACUACACCCUCACGGCCGAUCUGCGCGCUGACAACACCCCUCCGUACGCAAUCCUCUCCCACACGUCGGGCGCCGACGAGGUGGUCUACACCGAUAUAAAGGCGAGGCCAAGUGAAUGGCAACAGAAAGUCGGCUACUGCAAGAUCCAAUUCUGCGCUGAUCAAGCGAAGCGACAUGACCUACAACAUUUCUGGGUUGACACUUGCUGUAUCGACAAAUCUGACGGCAUCGAACUCCAGACUGCGAUCAACAGCAUGUUCAGAUGGUACCGUGAUGCGAAACGAUGCUACGACUAUCUAUCGAUUCAGCCGCCAGGGGUUGGGUCGUGGGAGGCUGCGUUCCGCGGCAGCCGUUGGUUCACACGCGGCUGGACACUACAAGAGCUCAUCGCCCCGCAGAUUGUCGAGUUCUACUCGAGGGAAGGGGUCUUCUUAGGCGAUAAGAGGUCUUUGGAGGCUGUCAUACGCGACGUGACGGGUAUUCCUGCCAGGGCCUUACGAAAUACACCAUUAUCCUACUUUACGACUUCAGAACGCGAGGCGUGGAUACGCAAUCGGGAAACAACGUGUGAGGAAGACAUGGCAUACUCGUUGCUCGGAAUAUUUGACCUCUACAUGCCGCUCCUCUACGGCGAGGGUCGCGAACGAGCACAGAGAAGGUUGCGACAAAAGGUCCAGAAAUCUGUGAAAGGCAGGACACCCCUUAGCCACAGAGGAUGUACCUUAGCUAAUAACUUAGGUACCUACGACAACAACUUUUUGAUCAGCUUCAACCUGUCUGGUGUUCCUGAGACUCCACAUUUCGUAGCAAGAGAUGGAGAAGUAGCAGAGAUGCGAAGAAUGCUAUGCUCGGAUGGAAGCCGUUGCACUGUCAUUCUCCAUGGUCUCGGCGGCAUUGGCAAGACACAGCUCGCUGCAACGUAUCUCAAACGAUACCGGGACGAGUACUCGGCGAUCUUCUGGCUGAAUAUCAAGGACGAAGCGUCCAUCCAACAGAGCUUCGCUAGGAUCGCAACGCAGAUCCUGGAACAGAAUCCCGAUGUCGGCAGCCUCAAGGGCCUGAACAUGCUGCAAGACCACGACAAGAUUAUUCAGGCCGUGAAAGCGUGGCUCAGCUUGCCAGGCAAUACCAGAUGGCUUAUUGUGUCCGACAACUACGACAACCCAAAGCUUCCCGGGCGGGUAACCGAUACAGCGGUUGACAUACACCAGUUUCUUCCCAUGGCAUAUCAGGGUUCAAUCAUUGUCACAACGCGGCUGUCGCAAGUCGACAUAGGGCACCAAAUUCGAAUCGAGAAACUCAAGUCCGACUGCGAGAGUUUGCAAAUACUGUCAAGGGCGUCAGGCCGAAAUGGUUUACAAGAUGAUGGUGAUGCGAAAGAACUUGUGCGAGAACUGGAUGGGCUUCCUCUUGCUCUUGCUACGGCUGCAGCAUAUCUGAAGCGUGUCCCGAUCAGCUUCCGAGACUACCUUCGCCACUAUCGGGAAUCUUGGGCAAGACUCACGGGCAAUCUGCAUCUUGACCACACCUUAUGUUCAACAUGGCAGCUGUCAUAUGAACAUAACCCACUUGCGGCUCAUCUGCUCCGGUGGUGGGCCUACUUCAACAAUGAAGACAUAUGCGAAGACGGCCCGGCGUGGAUGGGGCAGCUUUCAGAAGAGCUCAACUUCAACGAUGCAGUGGGCGUACUCCAUGAGUACGGCCUAGUUGAACCUACAACCAUGUUCCAGGAGCCACAAGGGUACAGCAUACACAGUUGUCUACAUUCCUGGACUAUUCAUAUAUUGAAUGAGGAGUGGGACAGCUGCUUGAACAAGGUUGCAGUGGAAAGUGUGGCAUCACAGGUUCCUUCACGAGAGGAAGCCGAGUAUUGGCUUCCUCAGAAGAGACUAAUAUCACAUGCGAUCCGGUCUUGUUCAACAGUACAAGAGAGCAAUUGUCCUACAGAUCGGGCUUUUCAUUCUCUAGGUUAUCUCUACACUGACCAGGGGAAGCUGGGCGAGGCCGAGAAGAUGUACCUGCAGGCACUUAAUGGAUACGAGAGAGCUGUAGGACUUGAGGACGUCACAACAUACCGGCCGGCCAUCAACACCCUUGAGAACCUAGGAUCUCUCCUUUCGGAUCAGGGCCAUUUGAUUCAAGCGCGGCAAUACUACCAACGUGGUUAUGACGGCCUUGAGCAGCUCCUCGGGCCAUCGCAUCAGGCUGUUGAGUCAGCGCGACACAUUCUCCAGCUUACAAAAAGCGCGAUUGAAGAUGGGAUGUGCUCGAGCGGUGGCCAAUACGUGACAGAUCCAGCACAACCCGGACCGGCGAAGAAGAGGCGACGAGACGUUUUAUAG